AUGAAUAUCUCUCCAACACCCAAGAGGUACCAAGGUUCUAAUAAUAUGCCUCGUGCAGUCAACCUCAACUAUCAUAAUCCGCCCGCACCUUCUUAUCACCCACUACCAGGCCAUGGUGUUGAGCAAAUUGUCCCAGAAGAAUACAAAAUCAAUUCAAAUAUGAUUUCAUCACUUAUAAAACAGAAUAAGGAUCUACUAGCUAAGUUGGAUGAAAAAGAUCGGGAAUUGGAGAAGUUGAAUGUUUUGGUGGGUUCGUUACGCGGGAAACUAAUAAAAUACACUGAACUGAACAAAAAACUACAGGGACAACUUGCACAGUCUGCAUCAGUUAAUUCAGUUCCGGAGCAGGUUCCGGUAUUAGGGGUUAAUCAGCAGCAGCAGCAGCAGCAGCAGCAAAGUCAGCAGGCUCAACAGGCGCAACAGCGGGAAGUCGCAUCAGAUUUUAUACAGCUGCCCAGGAGAACUCCAGGGAAUUCCGAGGACGACAAGAAGAUCAACGAAAUAUACAAUAAGUUGGAGACAUUGACAAAUCUGCUAGCUCAGCAGCAAAAGGCUGAGCAGGACCAUCAGCCCAUGCCUGCUACUUUAACCUCCCCCAAAUCCGUAUAUAGUCCUGUAACGGAAGAUGACAUAAUGAUCAGCGAAUCCUCGGAAUUGAAGAAGUUGGAAGAACAGGUUGACCAUCUUAAACGGAAAGUCUUAAUUAAGAGCGAAAAUGAACUACGGAAGCUCUCUUUGAACCAACAAUUAGUAGAUUUGAUGGAGAAGCUUACUGCUACGGGGUCUCCACAGAACAUACAUUCCCCAAAUUCUCUUCUAUAUGACAGAAAUAGUUCAUCUAGUACCUCUACCGAAUCCAAUUCUGGCGGUCAUCCCGCAACCCAUUGCGAGCAUUGUCAUCAUCCUCCUGAAGAAACAUUGAAAAGACCUACAAUGGACAUAAAGAAAGCUUUGGAAACACCAACACCAUCUAGGACGCGACGCGACAUUUCAAGCCAGGCGAAGAACAGUAUGUCUAGCAAUGGUACGAAUGCCAUUUGGUAA